AGCCUUUGUGCUCAAGUCUUUUGCCCAAGCUCGAGCCCUCAUCUUCAUCGACGAAUCACACAUCACCGACGCCUUCACCUGGCUCUCCAAGCAGCAGAAGGACAGUGGCUGCUUCAGGAGCUCCGGAUCACUGUUCAACAAUGCCAUGAAGGGUGGAGUCGAUGAUGAAAUCACCCUCUCUGCCUAUAUAACCAUGGCCCUUCUGGAAAGUUCACUCCCAGACACGGAUCCUGUUGUCUCCAAAGCCCUGAGCUGCCUAGAGGCAUCUUGGGACACCAUAGAGCAAGGAAGAAAUGGCAGCUUUGUGUACACCAAGGCACUGAUGGCCUAUGCUUUCGCUCUUGCGGGAAACCAGGAGAAGAGAAACGAAAUCCUGAAAUCCCUUGAUAAGGAAGCUAUAACAGAAGACAACUCCAUCCACUGGGAAAGACCUCAGAAACCCACAAAAUCAGAGCGUUAUCUGUACACACCCCAGGCUUCCUCUGCUGAAGUAGAGAUGAGUGCCUAUGUCGUCUUAGCUCGCCUCACUGCCCAGCCAGCCCCAUCCCCUGAGGACCUGGCUUUGUCAAUGGGCACCAUCAAGUGGCUCACAAAGCAGCAGAAUUCCCAUGGCGGCUUCUCCUCCACACAGGACACUGUGGUGGCCCUUGAUGCUCUGUCCAAAUAUGGAGCAGCUAUGUUUUCCAAAAGUCAGAAAACUCCUUCGGUGACCGUCCAAUCUUCAGGGUCAUUUUCCCAAAAGUUCCAAGUGGACAAGAGUAAUCGCCUGUUACUGCAGCAGGUCUCAUUACCAGACAUUCCUGGGAACUAUACCGUCAGUGUGUCAGGGGAAGGAUGUGUGUAUACUCAGACUACGCUGAGAUACAACAUGCCCUUGGAGAAGCAGCAGCCUGCAUUUGCUCUAAAGGUGCAGACAGUACCCCUGACUUGUGACAACCCCAAAGGCCAGAACAGCUUCCAAAUCUCACUAGAAAUCAGUUACACGGGGAGCCGUCCAGCCUCCAACAUGGUGAUUGCUGAUGUGAAGAUGCUCUCUGGUUUCAUCCCAUUGAAACCAACCAUGAAGAAGCUUGAAAGAUUAGAGCACAUAAGCAGAACAGAAGUGACCACCACCAACGUCCUGUUAUAUUUGGACCAGGUAACCAAUCAGACACUGUCCUUCUCCUUCAUCAUUCAACAAGACAUCCCAGUAAAGAACCUGCAGCCUGCUAUUGUGAAAGUGUAUGACUACUAUGAGACAGAUGAAGUGGCUUUUGCGGAAUACAGCAGCCCCUGCAGCUCAGACAAACAAAAUGUUUGAAACUCAUAUCUGUGGACAAGGCAUUGCUGGAAUCCCCAAACCAGAGAACUUUCAAGGUGGUGAUUUGUGUUUGUCUCUGAAAUACAAAUACUGAACAAUCUUGGUAAAUAAAGACAUAAUUCUAGCGAG